AAUUGUAUUAGGAACGAGCCGGGAGUUUGUGUUCCCUUCCUCUCACACACACACACACACACACACACACGGAGCAGAGGGGAGCGGCUGUGUUUAUGGUGUAACCUCAGAGUCAUUAACGGUAAAUUAGCGCCGGGUUGAUUUCCGCCAUGGCGGCGAGCGUCAAGCGCAAACAGGAAGAGAAGCACCUGCAGCUGCUGCGCGAGAUGACCAGCCGGCCCGCCAACCGGAAAUGCUUCGACUGCGAGCAGCGCGGCCCGACCUACGCCAACAUGACCGUGGGCUCCUUCGUCUGCACCACCUGCUCCGGCAUUCUACGGGGCCUGAACCCUCCACACAGAGUGAAGUCCAUCUCAAUGACGACGUUCACGCAGCAGGAGAUCGAGUUCCUGCAGAAACACAGCAACGAGGUGUGUAAGCACAUCUGGCUUGGGCUGUAUGAUGAUCGCAGUUCUGCAGUGCCGGAUUUUCGAGAGCCUCAGAAACUAAAAGAGUUUCUGCAGGAGAAAUACGAGAAGAAACGAUGGUACGUUCCUCCAGAGCAGGCCAAGAUAUUGGCAUCUGUCCAGGUUCCUCACUCAGGAUCUUCAGCGAGCAGCAGCAGCACUCCUGAAGUUCAGCCUCUCAAAACACUACAGCUCAACAAAACUCCAUCCAGCCAGUCCCCGGUGAUCAGUCGUUCUCAGCCUCAGGAGAAGAAGUUUGAUCUGUUGUCUGAUCUGGGUGGAGAUAUCUUUGCAGCUCCUCCAUCUCACAGCGCUGGACCAACAACAAACUUUGCCAACUUUGCACAUUUCAGCAAGCCCUCAGGCACACACACACACACACUGACAUACACACAGACACACACACACACACACUGACAUACACACAGACACACACACACACACACACUGACAUACACACAGACACACACAGGAGGGGGCGUGUCAGCUCCACCUUUGCCCGGUGUUUCAGCUGAGGAUCGAUACGCUGCACUGGCGGAACUGGACAGUGCUCUCAGCUCCACUGGACAGGGUGUGUUUGAUGCUGUUCCCGGCUCUGCAGCAGCUCCGCCCCCGCCGGUGAUUCCCAGCAUGCAACAGGGUUUUACAGCUUCCACAAAUCCGUUUGUCGCUGCUCCGAUUCCUCUGGAGUCGAUGUGUACAAAUCCAUUCCAGAACAACAACCGAUCAUCAGCUACAGGCUCCAUGAGCAUGCCAUCAGGUUUUGGGAACGCCUCCAGUUUCUGCCUGCCCACCAGUUUCAGUGGGAAUUUCCCACACCAGUUUCCCCCGCCCUCGUACCACCAGCAGCCCAACGGUGGGUUUCCUGUUUACACUCAGAAACCUCAGAUGAGUUACGGUCAGCCUGCCGCCUCCAACAACCCCUUUAUGGGUGGAGCUCCAGCAGGUCCGUAUCCCACUGGAGGAUCGUCCACUAAUCCAUUCCUGUAAACCACACAGACACACACACACACACACACACACAUUAUAUUCACUGCACUGACACUUGUGGAGAAAGUGGCAUGUUCUGUGUUCCUGGCCGGUUCUGAGUGCAGGUCCAGAGCAGUGAUGGAACACAGGCAGAGAUGCAACAGAAGGUCUUCCUCCAAAACCCCCGCUCGGUUCCCGUCACGCUCCACACCCACAGUCCAUCCUAUUUAUGGCUUUCACUCAGUAAUGAAUAAUAACACUGUCUUAGGCCUAGCAGUUCAGUGCUUAUCGCUAUUUGUAAUCCUUAUAAAAAAGAAUUAUUUAUGACUUCAAAGGAAAUAGAGAGUGUUGAGUUUAAGCCGAUGUGAAGCAGCAGUUCGGCCAGAGAUGAAAACAUUCCACCGUGUUCCUCUGUUCCUCCGGACGCUCUGAGAGGAGUUCUCUGGGUGAAGUCUGCGUCUGUUCAGGUUUUUAUCAGAGCUGGAACGCUAACAUGUAGUGCAAGGCUAUAGCUAGCAGUUUUGGUGUCUCUCCGUUUUGUUGGAGUGUUUAAUGCUUCUGUGUGAAUCACAGUGAUCUGGCAACAUGGACAAAGGGUGAAACCCCAGAGAAAGAAAAAAAACCCAAUGACAUCACAAACCAUUUUCUUCCUCAUAUUCAGAUAGAGGGUGUGGCCUAAAGUCAAAAGGCGGAGCCUGUGCAUUGGAUGUGAUUCUAAUGAUACACCUUUUUUGAUUUUUGUGUUAUAAUAUAAAUAAUAAUAAUAUAAGUAAACACAAAGCCUCAUAGCUCCAGUGGAAAAAAGGACAGUGUGGGUUUGAUCUUUGGCCGAAGCGCUGCUUCAUGAAGGAGGUGUUUCUGUGGAGAAAACCAGACUGCUGAUAGGUGUUUAAUCCACUGACUGAGGAAGGAGGACGUGUGAAAUUAAUCAAAGGUCAGCACAAAGCAAAGGACAGGACGUGACGCAGCACAAACAGAGAGAGAGAGAGAGGAAAAGAGCUGGGAGAGUCUGGAUCUGCAGGAGCUUCCUGUGUGAGACUCCAGAUGCCUGGGACGUGUGUAUAUAAAUAUAAAUACAUGUAUAAUUAUUAUAUUAAAGAUUUUUAACUACUGUUC